CAAAGACAUCAGCUGUUGUCUGGACUGUCUUUGUUUAUAUUUAUCUUUUUUUGUGAAUUUAAAGAUUUUAGUGAAACUUUUCUUAUAGCAUGGCUGAGGAAAUUGAUGAUAAUGAAUUUUAUCGUGAGAAUUUUAGUGCCGAUUCAGAUUGGGAGGUGUUCAAUGCCCAAUUGGGUGAAAUAUUGCAAAAAUGGAAUGUGAAUAUGCCCGAUGCCGUUAGAUGCUUUAAGCAAGGAGAACUCUACCGUUGCAAGUGGCGCGUGGAGCGGGAAUUGCUAGACACCCUAAAGAAUGGCAUCGAAGUGGAGUUCCACCAAGCCAUCUUAGAUGAUGUGGCCAAAGGGGAACACGAAGAGCAGGUGUCAAAACCAAAGGACGAUACACAGGAGGAAGGCAAUUGCAUGCAAAGAACACAUUUGCAUGAAGAUUUAAUGAGCAUGGCCAAUACUUUCGGGCCACCUUUGAGAAGAACGUCAAGUGACCUGCACACUUUGGCUCGAAUCUAUGGUCUAAGAAGAUUCAUUCUAAUGCAUCCGGUGAAUGCGAAAAGCAAUUUUAUGAAAUCUACAUCAGAAUUCAAUUUCUUUCUAAGCGCCGCUGCUGUGGUGGCUGCCGAAGUGGGCAGUGUCGUGCCCAUCUUUGUCCAGAUCUAUGAUCCCAAUUGGAAUUUCUAUACAGGAGUUGCUAUGGCUCCGGCUCUGAGAACUAACUUUCGUUUAAUAGGCCUAGAUCAGGCUCCCACAGAAUGUCGUUAUUUAAUGGGUCUACUAACGCUCUUUAAAGAGAAAAUUCCAAAUAACUACAGCUCUUCUUCCGCUCAGCCAGCCAAGGUCUCUGUGUGCACCACUUAUGCCCUGGAUACCAUGCGUAUACGUUUGCCCAUGUAUGUUCCCUUUGAUCAUGGUCUCAGUUCGGAGGAUAUAUUUGUUGAAGGCGUCGAUAGCAUACAUUUGGAUCUACAACAGUUCUAUGCUUUGCCCCAUGGUUAUACACCGGAAUCCUGUACAGAAAUGUUUGUGGUUUAUACAUGGCCGGAGCUAUCCGAGCAUGUGGCAUUUGACAGUGAACAGAGAUCCGAUUUUAUACCCUCAAAGGCUCCAUUAGGCAAGAUAUAUCUAUCUGUUGAGGCUUCCUCUUAUCUAUCCUGUUGCCUAAAAGACUAUAAAUCUGUGGCCAAUAUUACUCGUUCCCUGGUAUCGUAUGUCGGUCGCAAUUUUUCGGGUAUAAGCAGCGGAGCUGAGACAACAAAUCCUCUGGAUCAGCUCACUGAACAUCAAUUGGGUUCGAAACGUAUAGGAGGCAGAUCCAAUUAUGAAUUGCCAACACAAUCGACUCUAACCAAACGUUUACCUGGACCUAUGACCGAAAGUGAAUUAAGUGAACUGUUGGCCUAUCUCUUUCCGGAUAUGCAUCCAGAAAUGGCUUUGUUUCCAUACAAUAAACAAAGCUUUAAGGAUAAGUUCGAUCCAAUGCGAAUCAAGAGUGCUGUACCCGAUUCUUUGGUUUGUCGCCUCAGUUGCCUAUUGACUACAUGUCACGCCCAUUUGGGUAGUCUGGAGGGCAUGGCACAAUUAUGGGCAGCCUUUACACGUCAAUUGCGUUUACUAUGGGACAAUUCUCUGGCUAUUCCUGGCAUUUCAGGUGGUUUUCCCGAUACACGCACCUGUCUGCUUCAUCAGAAACUGCAAAUGCUUAACAUUUGUGUAGAACGUCGCGUGCAGCGUGAAUCUGUCAGUAAACGCAAACAACAAGAGCAAAAGAAAGCCAAUAUCUCAGAAGACGACAAUGAUGAUGAUGAUGAUGAUUGCGAUGAUGAUGAUGGCGAGUUCUUUGACUGCGAUGAUGUAAACUCCGGCUCAAGUUCACCAGUUAAAGCGGUGUUGAGUUUUAAGCCAGAAGGUCGCCUCAGGCAAUUGGGUCUUAAUGAGCGUUUGCUUGAUGAACCUGAGGAAUUUCUUUAUAUACCCCAAACCCAAGAGCCAGUGCCCAAGACAGAAGAUCAGUUGCAAGAUGAUGCUGAAGCUAUGCUUAAAUUGGGUCCUGGGUCUGGCUUAACAACAGAAAUGAUGUGCACAUCGCUGCUAUCCGAUAUGGAGGCAUUUAAGGCAGCCAAUCCGCGUGGCAUAAUGGAAGAUUUUAUACGCUGGUAUAGCCCAAAGGAUUGGGAAGAGAUACAAGAUGAAAAUGGCGAAAUCCAUCAUCAGUUGAGUGUACGCAUGACCACUGAGGGUAAUACCUGGCAAAUGGUUUGGCAACAGGCCAAACCUGUGCCCAUUGCCAGACAAAAGCGUCUCUUUGAUGACACCCAUGAGGCCUUAAAGGUUCUACACUAUUUGGAGACACGCAAAAUGAAUGAAAUAUAUGAGCUGACCAUAAUACCAACUCUACACACGGCCAUAUUAAAGUUAAUUGAUAUUUUUAGUAUUGCCCAUGUGGAGGAUUUAUUUAGUACACAAGUAGAACAACUUUUGGGUGAUCUUUGUCGUCUUUCUCGUUCAAAUUCCGACACUGCACAUUCCGUGAACUAUCAAAAUCUACUCGAUGAUUUGUCCGAAUUGGAAAGACGUUUCUAUCAAUUUAAAUGCUUUGAACGUCUUUCUGGCUAUCCGAGACGCAGUUCACGUGAACAGGUUAAACAACAAUUUAAGGAAAUCCUAAAGAAUGAUAAUUCUUGCACCAUACUCAAUAAGAAAUUGGCAGCAGCUGGUGAUGUAAUUGGCAGCGGUGGCAGUCUAUAUGAUAUAUUAAAUCCCAAAUUGGAGCAAGAUAUGUCGGAACGUUUAAUAAGCAAAGAUUAUGUAAUACGUUUAGAUGGCGAUACAAAAACCAAUGAGAAGGGCAUUAACUAUUUGGGGCCACAAUUUCUCAGAGCCAUAGUUACGGGAGAGAAAUUGAGAUUGUGUGGUGCAUUCACAGAGAGCACAACAUUUGUUUAACACUUAAUAUUUAUAAACUAAAAUGUGACAAUUUACAUAUAUAUAUGUAUAUCAUAAGCCUUAGGCUCUAACUUUUAACUAUAAUUAUAUACAUAUAUUGGUUCUAUUGGGGUGCUUA